AUGUUUGCCUCUGUUAGAAGAUUGCAGGCGUCGUCAGCAUACACGCAGCUCAUGGCGCUGAUGAAACAGGACUUGAAACAAGCCAUGCUUGCUAAAAACAAGAUAGAGAAAAACACCAUCAGGUCGGUUUUGUCUAGCAUCAAAAACAGCGAGAUUGACGGCGGCAAACAGACUGAAUUUGACUUGUACAGACUCUUCAACAAGAUGAUCAAACAAAGGGACGAGUCCCACCAGUUGUACGUAUCGCAACAAAGGCUGGAUUUGGCAGAGGUCGAGGCUCUGGAGUCGCAGAUUAUCCGUAGAUACCUAGCCUCUUUGCCCGUAGCGUCCGAACAGGAAAUAGCCGCCAAGACCGAGCAAUGGCUCGUUGAACUUCGUGAGAAAAACGGCACUGAUUUGCAAAUGAAGGAUGUCAUGAAGCAGGUGACAGACGAGUUUGCGCAGAACUGGAACACGUUCCCCGCGGCCAUCCGCUCCUUGGUUCCGCUGUUGUACAAGAGACUUUGGGGAAAUUAG